GCCAGUCGCUCAGAGAGAGAGAGAAGCUGAGGCACAGGGAGAUUAAGGAGCUGACUAGGACUGCACUUUGCACCUACAUUGGAUGCUGCUCUCUGUUCUAUGGAUCUGAUCGUCUCCCCCUGAUCCUUCAGGAUUUUUCCUAAUUUUCUUCCUUUCUGUGUGUGUGUGGGAGUUGCCACGUUGCUUUUCUUCUGUGGUAUCGUGCCCCGGACUCUGCCCUCAUGCUGGUACACGCGUACUCUGCCAUGGAUCGCUCUGAAGCUUUGAAUGGAGCAGCCAGCGGCGGCCGACUCUCCCAGCUGUCAUCUCUCAACCAGGGGCCCUACAGCUCGGCCCCUCCACUGUGCCACACGCCGGCCACCGACUUUCAACCCCCCUACUUUCCUCCCCCGUACCCCCAACCUCCUUUAUCUUACUCCCAGAGCCAGGAGUCCGGAUACCCACACCUCGGCGACCCCUACAGCAGCAUCAACUCCAUCCACCAGCACCAGCACCAGCAGCCCUCCUGGCACACCCCGAGGAGCCGGCAAGAAGAGGCAGGACUCCUCUCCCAAACGCACAGGGGACUCAGUCUGGACCCACGGAGAGACUACGGGGGAAUGUCCCACCUCAUACCUGGUUUGACAGAUGGGGGUCACAGCCUGGCAGACAGCUCCCUGCCCAUACAUGCCCUUUCCCACCACAGCUUGGAAGACAUGCAGUCAUUGGAUGAAUCAGGGAUCAGUAUAUUGGACCAGUCGGUGAUAAAAAAAGUUCCUAUUCCAUCAAAGAACAAUGGCAGCAUGAUGUCCCUAUCCAUGAAUAAAGAAAGCCUUAUUGGUGGGGUGACUAAUCCAAAUGAAGUUUUCUGCUCAGUCCCUGGACGUCUGUCCCUCUUGAGUUCCACUUCAAAGUACAAAGUGACAGUGGGAGAGGUUCAAAGGCGUCUUUCACCCCCGGAGUGUCUCAAUGCAUCUCUUCUUGGAGGCGUUCUCAGGAGGGCAAAGUCAAAGAAUGGCGGACGUUGUCUUCGAGAACGGUUAGAAAAGAUUGGAUUGAAUUUACCAGCAGGGAGGCGCAAAGCAGCAAACGUGACCCUGUUGACAUCACUGGUGGAAGGUGAGGCUGUACAUCUUGCACGGGAUUUCGGCUAUGUCUGUGAAACCGAGUUCCCAGCUAAAGCUGCUGCUGAAUACCACUGCCGGCAGCACUCUGAUCCCACGGAGCUCCAUGCAAGGAAAAACAUGUUGCUCGCUACAAAGCAGAUCUGCAAGGAGUUUGCUGACUUGUUAGCCCAGGAUCGCACCCCUGUUGGGAACAGCCGUCCAUCCCUCAUACUGGAGCCGGGUGUUCAGAGCUGCCUCACACACUUCAGCCUCAUCACACAUGGCUUUGGUGGGCCAGCCAUCUGUGCUGCCCUCACAGCUUUCCAGAACUAUCUCCUGGAAUCUCUUAAAGGAAUGGACAAGAUCUUCAUGAGUAGCACAGGAAAUGGACACUCAGCAGCAGAAUCCAAAUCGUUGGAAAAGGACAUUAAGCAUCGAAAAUAGCCACUAGUAAAGGAGCGAGAAACCAGGAUGGAAGGUGGCUGGAAAAGGGAAGGUGAUUUCAGGCAGAGAAAAGACAUUCUUCUUUGGACUUUUCAGGAGAUUAAUUGAAAACAUGCCCUCUUUACUAACUGAAUAGACAGUUUUAUGUAAUAGAGUUAAAUCCAUAAUAUGGAAGGACAGACGUUGAAUGCAUCAUGCUGGCCUAGUGUUAGAGGACGUUCUUCAAAAUGAAAAGGGGCAACCCCCAGUUCAAUCUAAAAGAAUAAUACCAGACUAUUACAACAAUUUCAAAAACAGAAUUCAGCCUUGAGAUCCCCUUCAGUCAUAUCUAAAACCAGCACUGGUGCUAAUGUGGUUUUGUGGAAACAUAUCUUUGUUCCCCAUUAUACACGCAAGUCACAACUUUGCACUGCCAUUUCAUUUUUGACUUCGCAAUAUAUAGGAAAUUCCACAAAUGACGUGAGCCAUAUCUUAUUUUUGCUGAUCCAGGACCUAAGACAGUGGCUGGCAGCUGAAUUCUUUUGGGAGGCCCCGAGGAACUUGUUUUUGGGAUCCCAGCAUAUUGCACAGUUAAACAAUAAGUCCUUACAUGGAUCAUUUUCUGUGUUUGUAAAUGUGUUUAGAGGUAUUUUUUAGAUUAUACCCAAGGUCCUUUUAUUUGCACCCACUUCAAGCCACCCAAUCAAUAGCUCUCUCCUUACCUCCUCCAUGAUUCUGACUCAUACUGGUUAGGCAUUACUGUGCUCCUCAUUGGACCCUUUCAUUAUGAAAUACUAGUGUUGUUUUUCACAAGGCCCUGACUAGCAAGCACAUCACAAUUAUUCUGGCAGGAUUUUUAAAUAUCUUUUUAUUACUUAAACUUAGUAGACAUCCUUAUUCUUAAGCUGGCCAUAGACGCAAAGAUCUGAUCGUACGAAUCGAGGAUUCGUACGAUUUUCGGACCGUGUGUGG